AUGGCUCGGUUAACGGAGGAGAUGGUGAUCGCUAGAUCAAAGCAAUCCGACCUUUCCGCAAUAAAGAAGCUGAACUGUUGGGGCGCCGAGCUAGGCGACGUCAGUCUGCUGCGUCGGAUGCCGAAUGUCGAGGUAUUAGCUCUCAGCAUCAACAAAAUCCGCACGCUAGUAGACUUUGCGGGCUGCCGGCGUCUCCGCGAGCUGUACGUUCGCAAGAACGAGAUCCGCGACCUGUCGGAGAUCCGCCACCUGCGACACCUGCCCGACCUGACCAGCCUCUGGCUCGAUGAGAAUCCCUGCACUUUACACCCUGAGUACCGGAUGACCGUGUUGAGGAACCUGCCAAAUCUAGAGAAAUUGGACAAUGUCGUCGUGCAUCCUGAAGAAGUACAAGAGGCGAUGCGGAAAGGCGUGCACAUACCGGAUUCCGACGACGAGGGAUACCCCCAGCAGCAGGAGUCAUAUGGACAGUAUCGCAGACAGCGGUCCUGCGAGUCCAGCCCCGAGCGUGAGCCCGAGCCGUACUACGCGCGGCCCGCCCCCGCCCCCGCACCCGCGCCCGCCCCCGUCCACCGACACGACCAGUGCCCGGCGUCGCCUGCGCGCCGCGUGUCGCCCGAGCCCGACGAGCGGUACGACCACCCCGCCAUGACGUCCUCGCAGUACGACCCCCGAGGCGGCCCGCGGUCGCCGGACGCCGCCUCCUUGAGGCACUCCGUGUCUGCUCAGAGCGUGAAGGAGUACGCGUAUGCCAGCAACGGUGAGUGGCGUCACAGCGGACACGCCGCGCUCACCUCGCCGCAUGCCGACCACUAUAGUGACCGGGGCGACAGGAGUGAGACGUACUCGGUACGCGGCGAGUGGGAGCGGGACAGGGAGGGCGCGCGCGAGCGGGACAGGGAGAGCGCGCGCGAACGGGACGGCGGCGGCAGAGAAUACGCGUCCGCUGUCAUGGCGGAGCACCGUGGCUUCACACGCCGCCCCGUCGCCAGGAACUCCAACCUACUAUCAGCCGUGCUUUGCCUAGUGAAGGAGCUGGACUACCCGAGCCUCGAAGUCGCGGAGAUGGCCGUGAGGUGUCGCAUGGACGAGCUCGCGAACAGCCAG